CACCCAGGGUGCGAUCUCCUAGUCGCAGUGGCCCAGCACUCACUGCCUGCCAGCUGUCAGCAGCAUUAACCAAGCGUUUGGAGUGUCCGCACAAGGCUCUUGAGAGACAGGCCGGGGAUGGCCGAGGAUGACCUCAGCAGAGUGAGACCCGCGGCGGACUCUGGCCGAGUCCUCCCUGCUCUGUGACGCAGCCAGCGCAGAGGUAGCGUGGGCCAAGCUCCCAGGGUGCGCCCGGCCUUUCCCUCUCCGUCCCAGACCUGGUAGCCUCGUGGCCCGUGGACGAUGGCGCUGAGGCAUCUGGCGUGGGCGCUCCCACGCGGGGUCUCCGCCUGCCAACCGCGGCUCGCGCUGCCCCACCGCCUCGCCCGCCGCUUCGCUAGCAACCGCUGCGGGCGCGUCUACUUCUACACGGACCCCGUGGAGGCGGUGGAGGGCAUCAAUGACGAGGCGACCGUCAUGCUCGGGGGCUUCGGGCUCUGCGGCAUCCCCGAGAAUCUGAUCUCCGCGCUGAGGACGAAGGGCGUGAAGGACCUGAAGAUCGUCAGCAGCAACGUGGGCGUGGAGGACUUCGGCCUGGGCAUCCUGCUGGCCUCCAAUCAGGUCAAGCGGGUGGUGUGCUCGUACCUGGGGGAGAACUCGCUGUGCGAGAAGUUGUACCUGAGCGGCCAGCUGGACCUGGAGAUGACGCCUCAGGGCACGCUGGCCGAGCGCAUCCGCGCGGGUGGCGCGGGCUUGCCCGCCUUCUACACGCCCACGGGCUACGGCACGCUGGUGCAGGAAGGGGGCGCCCCGAUCCGGUACGCGCCCGACGGCCACCUGGUCACCCUGAGCCAGCCGCGGGAGGUGCGCGAGUUCCAGGGCCGCCACUACCUGCUGGAGCACGCCAUCCGCGCCGACUUCGCCCUGGUCAAGGGCUGGAAGGCCGACCGCUCGGGCAACGUCAUCUUCCGGGGCAGCGCGCGCAACUUCAACGUGCCCAUGUGCAAGGCCGCCGACGUCUCCGUGGUGGAGGUGGAGGAGAUCGUGGACGUGGGCUCUUUCCACCCGGAGGACAUCCACAUCCCCAACAUCUACGUGGACCGCGUGAUCCAGGGCCCCAAGUACGAGAAGCGCAUCGAGCGCCUGACCACGCGCGACAGCCAGGACGCGCCCGGGCUCAAGCAGGACAACCCCAGGACGCGCAUCAUCAAGCGCGCGGCGCUCGAGUUCGAGGACGGCAUGUACGCCAACCUGGGCAUCGGCAUCCCCGUCCUGGCCAGCAACUACAUCAGCCCCAAGAUGACGGUCUACCUGCAGAGCGAGAACGGCAUCCUGGGCCUGGGCCCGUUCCCCCUGAAGAACGAGGUGGACGCCGACAUCAUCAACGCGGGCAAGCAGACGGUGACGGUGAUUCCCGGGGGCUCCUUCUUCUCCAGCGACGACUCCUUCGCCAUGAUCCGCGGGGGGCACAUCCAGCUCACCAUGCUCGGCGCCAUGCAGGUCUCCCAGUACGGAGACCUGGCUAACUGGAUGGUGCCUGGCAAGAAGGUGAAGGGCAUGGGCGGGGCCAUGGACUUGGUGUCCGGCGACAAGACCAAAGUGGUGGUCACCAUGGAACACUGCACCAAGAACAAGGAGCCCAAAAUCUUGGCCAAGUGCACCAUGCCCCUGACCGGCAAGCGCUGCGUGGACCUCAUCAUCACCGAGAAGGCCGUGUUUAAAGUGGACCGGAAGAAGGGGCUGACGCUGGUGGAGAUGUGGGAGGGCUCCUCGCUGGAGGACAUCAAGGCCACCACAGCCUGCUCCUUCAACGUGUGCCCCAACCUCAAGCCCAUGCAGCAGAUCCAAACUGACGCUUGAGGAGCCCUGGCCCCUCCCACCCGGGCUGGACAUCCUGAGCAGAGCUUGACCGCUGGGCCACUGGCUCCUUGGGCUUCCGGCUGAUAGAUGAUAUCUCAAGAGCAGAUGAUAUCUCAAGAGCCGAGUGAUUUUAAUUAAAAACCCUAAGCCGAGCCUGUGUGUGCUGUGCCUGACUGAAGCCCUCCACUGAAACCAUGGCGGACACUGGUCCCCUCUCCCGCUUUCUGUGACCUCCGCAUACGAAGCUCCGGAGGGUGUCCUGGCAGGUCUCAGCGCCAGGACUGCCUUCAUAGCUCAAUCAUGAAAUGUACAGAAAGCCCUGAGGGCAGGACGACGUCGCCGGGAGCUGACCUGAUGCGGUGCCCCCUACAGCUGCCCGGAAAUGCAGGACUGAGGGCUGUGGACAGGGGGAACACUCCACUUUGGCCCUCUGGGUUCUCCUCCUAGGCUCUGGUUUCCAGUCCUA